GGGAGCCUCCGAACCCCCGUCCCAGCACAUAUAUACCCCCACGGGUCCCCCUUCCUGGCCUGUGUGACUCCCUCACUGCCGUCUGCCUCACCCGCCUCGCUGCCGUCACGUCUGCAGAGUCUGAAACUAAAAAGAAGCCAAGAUGUCUGAGGGAAAGAAGAUGACAUCCAGCCGCAGGCAUCAUCUCAAGAGCCUGGUCCUGCAGAUCGCUGCUGCCUGGAUUGAGCAGGAGGCCAAGGACAUCACGGCCGCCAAAGCAGCGCACAUGGCUGAGCAUUGCGCCACGCCCGACCUGAGCGGAGACCAGGCGGCUCUGAUGGAAAUCUGCAAAAAACUGCACCAGGCCCUGGAAAAGAUCGAUGAGGAAAGAUACGACGCAGAGGCCAAAGUGCAAAAGACAGACAAAGAGAUUGAAGAUCUGAAGCUGAAGGUGGUGGAUCUGGCCGGAGUGAAGAAACCCGCCCUGAAGAAGGUGCGCAUGUCCGCCGACGCCAUGCUGAAGGCUCUGCUGGGGGGUCAACACAAGGUCACCAUGGACCUGAGGUCCAACCUGAAGCAGGUCAAGAAGGAGGUCAAAGAGGAGGUGGCGGACGCCGGCGACUGGCGUAAGAACAUCGAGGACAAAGCCGACAGGAAGAAGAUGUUCGAGACUUCCUAAAGACUUUAACUUCCUGUUGGGCUUCUACUUCAACUCUUUAUUACAUCUCACCCUUUUUUCAUGGAAUUGAAAAAUCAACAACCUGUGCCAUUAAAUUGUUUUUUGGAAUAAGGCAA